AUGGCAGCCAUUGCGCCGUCACGACUCGCCACGCUCACCCGCCUACGAUGCUCGAUAUUUCAGACAUCAUAUAAUCCCACCUCGAUACGUACGGGUGCCAAGUACCUUCGCGCUCGCCUCCGCGGGCCUUCGAUGGUCGAAUACUACCCACCCGAGGUCUCGAUCGCUCAAUUCAACCGAAUGUCCGGAGGAGACUGGAGAAUUGUCGACCCACAGGAGGAUAUGAGGCUAGCAGACGUUGAGGCUAAGAAACGCAGAGGAAAAGGCGCUCCGAAGAAGGCGAAGUCAAAAGGUGCCUACAUUGUUCAGUUGCUCGGAUACGGGAUAUGCACAAGUGGCUGUUGA